AUGUGGCCAGAACUUAAAAUUGUUCAUGGUAAGCCCAGGCAUAGCCAAAGUCAGGGUAGUGUUGAAAGAGCAAAUCAAGACGUCGAGAAUAUGCUCACAACAUGGAUGCAAACAGAAAAAACUUCUCAUUGGAGUCAAGGAUUGAAAUUCAUCCAAUUAAUGAAAAAUAGAGCCUUACAUUCUGGAAUUAAGAUGUCACCAUAUGAGGCAUUAUUUGGCUGUAAAGUAAAGGUUGGACUUAGCACUUCAAAUUUACCGAAAGAAGUAAUUGAUAAUUUAGAAAACGAAGAACAAUUACUAGGAUUAUAUGGGAAAAAAAAACUUCAUUUUGAUGAUCCAACACUUCGCGAUAAAAACAAUACAAUACAAGAUACAAUUCAAUCAAAUAAUGCAAAUGAAAAAGAACUUCCAUAUGAUGAUUCAAUACUUUCCGAUAAGGACAAUUCAAUACAAGAUACAAUUCAAUCAAAUAAUGCAAAUGCCAUGGAUAAUCGAAAAAAGGCUAAGCAAAAUCUUGAAAAUCAAGCAGUUAAAAUGAAAGCAUGGUCAAAUAAAAAACUUAAACCGACAGAAGUUGGUGCUACCGUGACGUACCGAUUGGCCGACAAAUCAAUUCACCGACACACCAUUUUGCCGACACCCGAUUUGCCGACACACUAUAUUGUGAUGAAUUAUACUUACUAA